AAGUGUCCUUAGAAAAACACAAAAAUCACCAGGUUACUCAAGAAAGUCUCAAAGAUAAAUUGUUGGCUGUCUCACUCAGUGUCACUGAAUAAUCCGGCGAGGAAUGGAUCACUUCCAGGAGCUUAAAUGCCAGCUGCUCUCAUCAGCAGAAUCCAGGACAGGUGCGUAGAUUGGAAAACUCCGCCCCUGCCACUCUGACUCUGGAAGGUAAGUAGACACAAACAGAUCCACCAAACAGAACACAAUCCUAACAGUCUGCUGGGUAUUAUGGUCUUCUUUAUGCUAUUUGUUCUCUAAUGUUUUCUUACAAACCUCUGAGGCCUUCUCAGAAGAGUUGUGUUUAUACUGAGAUUUAAUUACACAUAGAUGAGCUUUGGUUGUUACAUAGUUUAUUUAGGGAAACAGAGUAAAGGGGGCUAAAUACAACUGACAUGGACCAAAUACCUAUUUAUUAAAACCUUUCUUUAGAUUUGAGAUAACAUUUCAACCUUUUACAAAAGAAAGAUGUAAAACAGUCAAAAUGUAUAAAAUUCCUUGUGAAUCAAAGUGUUGCACCAUAAAUAAUCAUCAGUCACAUGCUAAUGUUGUCAUGCAAAACCAUUGUUCAUGUUGGCGUGGAGUAAAUUAUGUGGUCUUCAUUCAUUUACAGAAGCAAUGAAACAACCAACAUGUCUGGAACUCUUAUAAAUUUCUGUUAAUUAAAAAGGGACAGGUGUGUUACUAUAAAAUGAAUCCAUUGUGUCUUUAGAUAAAAACCUUAUGGACAGCAGCACAUCUUCUCCAACAUGCUUUUGUGAUUGUGGGAAGUACCUUCAACACAUGACACAUUACCACACAAAUACGCAACACAUCCUAACAGUGCAUCAUAGAAACAAACUCAUGGCACACCUUACUGUAUGGUGGUCAUUACCAGUCAAUAAACAUGAAUAAGUUAGCUUUCCUGCUAAAAUCGUUCCACCUGUUAUUCAUCAACCACAUAAAAAUUUCACUGUAUAAAUAGGCAAAUCUUUCUUAAAAUAUCUUGUAAAUUUUAUUACCGUUAUGAAAAUAUCUGCAUAUUCAGAAGCUGCCGCAAUGCUAAGAGGGAUUUGUUACUGCAGUUAUGCAUUUCAGGUACCCUGAAGUGAUUAUUUUUACUUCUUAACUAUAGCUGUGUUGUCUACUUAGCUGGAAUGUGUGUGAAGAUCUAUAAAAAUCCCCAAAAGAAAGAAUCAUCUUUCUCCAGGGGAUGGAAAAUCCCAACAUGGCAAAAUGAUCAGAGACAAUUUACAAAUUGCAAUGAAAAGAUACAAGUAAUAAUUACAAAUGGCAAGAACUGGAUUAUUAACAUUCCUCUGUAAAAGAAACUCCAGUGACCUUUGUGUUUGCUUUGCAUGAACAUCCUUUGCUUAAAUUUAAUUUUGAAAGGUUUCCCUCAGAAACAAACAAAAAAUGUUUUUCUGUUUCAAAAAUGUGCUCAGAGUCAGACCUCUGCCAAAGGAAUCAGGAUAAAUACCAGCAAGCUCCAAGCCUGACCUACAUGGUCAGCUUUACACUCCCCCUGUGCUAUGAGAAACACUUUAAAUAGGUGUAACUCUUAUUAAUCCUGAAAGCUCAAAAUGCUAAAAAUUAAAAACACAAAGGUGCAAAAAUCAGGCUAAAUAAAAAUGUAUGUUAGUAGUCUAAAUUUAGCUUCAUAAAGAAACUCCAAGAAAAUGCAACAACUCAGCUUUUGAUGUUUUGUUAAAAGUUGUAUAAAACAAAUCAAAAUUUGAUUGAAAAGAUUUUCUGAGUAUUAUGCUAAUUAUCUGUGAUUUCUUUAUGCUUGGGAUAUAUAUUUAUUUUUACUCUAUGCAAAGCGGUUUGGUUUCACGAUUAUCAUUGUACUUCUGUAUUUGUAUUUUGGCAUAUUAUUAGUAUUCUAACUAUAACCCUUUAUUUGGCCAGGUAAAAGUCUUAUUAAUAUUCAAAAGAUUAAAGAAAAUAGUUGUAAUUGCUACUGUGUUUUUAGUUUAGUCCUGUUUUCUUUUUGAUGUCUUGCUGAAAAGCUGGAUAAAAUAAGUAACAAGUUGAUUAGGAAAUAAAACUGUUUUCAUUGUGCUAUCUGGUUUUGCAUUUGCAUUUAGUCACAUUUUAAGUGUAAUAUUGUUACAGUUACUAUUUCCUUUAUUCAUACAGGCAAAAUCAUCUAAUUGGGGUUAACAUAUGAAGAGAAAAUAUAUCCAUAUAAAUAUGGUCAAUGUAAUUUUCCCUGAUUGUAGCAACUGUUUUGUUUUAACCUGCAUCUAUUUUCCCUGUUUGAUAUGCGCUGAGCUCUCGGGUCCGGUGUAAACAGGAACGGUAGUAGGUGGAACCGCAGCCCGGUCCUCUCAGGAGGGUCCCCCGCCCCCUCCCCCCAUACUCUGCUCCGGGUUUUCGGGGUGUCCAUCAGCGGGGCUCCUCACAGCCUCUCGCUGGAUUUUGCUCAACUCCUGUCCUGAUAUCACUCCGCUGGCAUGGUGAAGAAGCGGACCUGAUUAUUGUGAUGGUGGCAGCCAGGAGCCACUGACUACAGACUUCCGCCCCUGGUUCUCAUAUCCGCGUUUUGUGCCGUCUGUGUUAAACUUUAGUUGCCUCACAAACGGGACUACCGAGGGCGCUUGUGCUGGUUUACUGACUCGGUAACACAUUAUUCACCGGGAUUUCUUUCAAACCAGAAACAUAUGCGAUGCAAGUUCACUUGGAAACUCCGGAGCCUGUUCGGUUUAGGCAGCAAAACUUUUUCUCCAAGGACAGCAGUGUAGAGCGGCGACAGGACCGCUGCUGCUGCCGCCGCUGCUGCUCCUCCGCGGGACGGUCUGUGUGUAUAUGACCGGGGACUAACCUUUAUACUGUCGCUUUAUCGCUGUACCCGUGGAGUAGGUGUUAUUGUUUUUGUUAGCAGCGUGGUAGUAGCUGUCUUGUUGAAUUCAGUUAUGAGCUUGUUUUAGGUUUCACUCAGGUCGGGUGUUAUUCAUGUUUGUUUAGACCCGGAGACUCAAGUCUGUCGCGGCGACUUCGUGGUUUGCAGCCCUUUAAACCCUCGCGGUGUUCGGCCGCCUCAGCGGCUGCUUGUCGCUUGCACCGUCCGGAGGACACACGCAGAGGAGAACACAGAGAGGUGGAGGUGGCCGGAGGACUCGGGGUUAGAAGAAGAGGAGGUGGCGGAGGAGAGCCUGACUGGGAGAAAAGUUCCUCCAAAAUAGCAGCCGCUCGGCGCGGUGAUGGGGGACUUCGCUUCCCCCGCUGUCGGACCCAACGGCAGUAUCUGCAUCAAUAACAGCAUGAACCCGGCCAGCGGCAACGUGGUGUCCGCAGGAGCGGUGGGCAUACCUAAACACAGCACGGUGGUGGAGAGGCUGAGGCAGCGGAUAGAGGGCUGCCGGAGACACCACAACAUCUGCGAGACCAGGUACCAGCAAGCGCACUCCGAGCAGCUGGAGCUUGAGCGCAGGGAGACCGUCAGCCUGUACCAGCGGACCCUGGAGCAGAGGGCCAAGAAAUCCACCGGCGGCAGCAAGCAGCCGCAGAACAAGCAGCAGCAGCAGGACCCGGACUCUGCGUCCUCCACGGAGCAGAGGACCAGCACGCUUAUAGCGCUCCAGGAGAGUGUGAAAAGAAAACUGGACAGCGCACAAUCACCCCUGAAUGGUGACCAGAACGGCAUCUGUGAUGGCGGCAGCUACUCGCCAACAGCCAAGCGGGUUCUAAAAGAGGGCCCCGGCGGUUUGGACUCACUAACGGGCCUACCUAAGAACAAUAAUAACAAUAACUUGCCACCCAUUUCUCCUCUUCAUCAUCAAAUGGACAUUAAGCCUAUUCUCAGUGGGCCCAACACAUCUACCGGCAACACUACAAAUGGCAAUGGCACCCAUACGAGCAGAGCGUCCGACGAUCUGGGGAAGAACGGUGGCAGCCACCUAUCGGACAUGAAGCUGAGCAGCUCUGUUGACUUGGAGGACAGCUUUGGCCUCCUCAAGGACCUUAAACAAGAGCCGCUGGACGACGGGGGAGGGAUGGAGUCCAAUGAACCCCAGUCCCUCUCUAACCAGAAUAAACUGUUCUCUGACAUCAACCUCAAUGACCAGGAAUGGCAGGAGCUGAUUGACGAGCUGGCCAACACUGUGCCAGAGGACGACAUGCAUGACCUCUUCAACGAGGACUUUGAGGACAAGAAAGAGGCAGAGUUUGGCAGGCCAGUGAACAGUCAGACUGAAGCCCCACAAGAAGCAGCUGGGAGUACAACACCUGGUGUUGGAGCGGGAACAACGGCAUCCUUGCCUCCUCCUCCACAGGGUGUCCCACAGGUUCCUAUUGGUUCACCACAGGUGCGACCAUCAUCAUCCGGUCCGCAGUUUGCAACCACUGCCAAUGGAACCCCUCCUCAGCAACCCCUGCAACAGUCUCCAGCUGUUGCUAUGCCAUCAGGUUCACCAUUGCACAACUGCGUAGCACGCUCCCCUCAGACUCCAACCCAAGCUCAGACUCAAGCAGUCUCCAGGCCUGGGAAUGGAUACAUGAUGAACCCAGGCCCAGUUAAUCAGACGGGGUCAGGGGGUGGCACAGGCGGGACUGGCCCUGGAGGUCAGCCUGUGGGCCCAGUCACACCUGAACUUUCUCCAGCAGAGCAGCUAAAAGCAAUGGCCCAGCAGCAUGCUCACCAUGCCAAGCUAAUGCACCAAAAGCAGCACCAGCAAAAACAAGCAGCCAACUGGUCCCCUGUGGGUGCCCCAACCAGUCCCUACAAUUCUGGUCCCUUUAAUCAAGACAAGCCCAAUAGCCCCAUGAUGUACCCACCGCAAGCCUUUAAUGCACCACAGGGCCCUCUGGUGGCUGGGAUGGCCCCUAACAAUGGGCCGAAAGCCCCCAUGAACAACUACCUCCCUCACAACCCCAUGGGCAUGAUGGGACAGCAGCAGCCAAACAGCAUAAACCAGAAUGCUCUGUCCAAACAGUCACAACAACAGCAGCAAACAGCUGCCAUGCUGUCAUACAACAACACCAAACCACUGAGUCACUUCAGCGCCAGCGGGGUGGACCACAUGGGUCAGAGGAUGACUCCUCCCAUGGCAGGGAACAGCCAGGUCAAGAACCCCAUGAUGGCGCCCUACAUGGGGGGCGCUGGGGGUGGUGGACAGGGGCCAGGGCAGACACAGGGGCCAAUUCCCGGACAGACAGCUCACCUGGGGGAGGAGCACAAGAGGAUGCUGAUUAUGAAACAGAAGGUGUUGAACCAGAACAUGCCCUACAGCACCAUGCAGCCUCAUGGCCAGGAGCAAGGCGUGGUGGGAAUGUCCCGACCACCUGGCGCAAUACCCCCUCCUCACCCUGCUGGGGGCGUCGCCUCCGGCGUGGGCCCCAGCCAGGGGUCAGGUCCACCUACAGGCUACGCGAGCAACCAGCAGCAGGCAGCCAUGAUGAAGCAGAUGAUGGCGAUGGAGCGGGAAAAGAGGGUGCAGAUGCAAAUGAUGGAGCAGCAGAAGCAGCAGCAGAUCCUACGAGAGCAGAGACAGCAGCAGCAGCAGCAUCUUCUGGCCGAACAGCUCCAACACCAGCAGCAUCUACCAAGACAGAUGGGCCAAGGCCAGAGGAAUCCAUACCCCCAAGUCAAUCAGUACCAAGGUCCUCCACAAGAUCUGGCCUCCAGAAGCCAAUCACUACAAAACAUGCGGACCUCUCGUCUCCUACAGCAGCAGCAGCAGCACAGCCAGCAGCAAAUGGUCCAGAUGAAUUCUGUUCAGGGUCAAGGAGGCCCUGUGGGACCUCAAACCGACAUGGGACUACCCUAUAGCACCCAGGGCUCAAACCAGGGUACCCUGUAUGGCCUCACUCCUUCAAUGAGCCAAAUGAUCCACCAGCAGCAGCACCAGAACCAAAGUGUCCAAGCCUCCAUGGGUCUUCCACCGCAGCACAACCCUGCCGGAGGGCCUCCCCGGCAGGCAGGUGCAGGUCCUGGACUCGGAGGUAUGCCUGGGGGCCCUGGGAGUAGUGGGGCUGGAGGGUAUGGAGGGCAAGGGAUGUUAAUAAACUCCAUAACCCAGCAGCCCCUUAAAGGCCCUGCCAAACCCCAGUCUCAAAGACUGCAAAGCAUGCUGGGAGGUGGAGCGGGGAUGGCCAGUGGUGGGUGGCCACAGCAGCAAGGACAAGGUCUGCAAGCUUUGGGGGGAGGAGUCGGAAGGACUACAGGAGGAGCAGGAGGAGAUAUGGUGGGGUUCAGCUCCUCCCAGGGAUAUGGUAUGCAGCCGGGUCAACCCCCGCGCAUUACCAAGCAACACUUUCCAGGUCCUGUACAGGCUGGCCAAGGGAUGGACCCCAGGGUGGGUAACCCUGCCGCAAGUAUGGGCGGCCCAAUGAUGGGCCCUCACAUGGGGAAUCAGCCCAGGACCAAUCAGCCCCGACCCAUGGUCAUGAACCAAGGGAUGAACCAAGGGAUGAUGGCUCAGGGGAUGUCUGGGAUGGGGGCUUUUGGGCCGGGUCCAGGAGGCCCGGGCAUAGGGGGAGGAGGAGGCGGACCCUACGGACCAGCGGGAGUUGCAGUUGGGGGUCAGCCACAAGGCUACCAAAGGACAGCCAAUCAGGACAUGUCAUCCUAUGGGUACGGGGGCGGGCCCUCAGGAGGGGGAGCCUUUGGUUUGGGUGAUGGAUCGGGGGCAGAGCUGGACUCAAGUGAUGGGUGGAUGGACGAGCUUUUCCAAAACCAAUAGCCAAUGGGGAACAUUUUUAGAAUUAACUAAACUUUGGGACAAAACCUGAGAAAGGAUGACACAACAUAGACUGGCAUGUUUUGUUUUGUAAAACAUGAAAGAUUAUAAAUAAGUUCUGGUAUUCUUAUGUUUUCUGUGUGUAUGUGUGUUUGAAAUGGAAGGAGCUCUCACAUGUCUUGUGCAUAUUAUUGAAAAAACAAUAUAAGAAUUAGGAGGUGUGUUUUAUUAGUUUCACUCUUUUCUCCCCUAGAAUAAAUUUUCCUUUAGUUUCAGCGUUUGAAAGCGAUUCCCGUUUACACCACAGAUCUACGAGCCCGAGCUGAUUCCAUACGGCAGACUAAUGAAGAGGAAGGAAAUAUUGUUCUCAAGGCGACAGUUUAUUUGUGUUUGUGUACCACCCAGCUCAGUGCUUCAGAUUUCUCAACUCUGUGCUCUCAAUGCUCCCAUUUCCUCUCAGAUUUGUCCCCCACAUAUAUACAUACAUUCACAUCCAAAUCCGUCUCCCCCACUCUCCCUCCAGAGACUCAUUCAUCGCUCUCAGCACUCCUUUCUCUGUUUAAAUUGUGCACAUCACAACAGGACAAAUGAUGUUCCACAAUUGUGCAACACAAGCACAGUCAGGCCUCUUGUGCUUCUUUGCUAGGCAACCCACCCAUAGUCUUUCUUUUUAUGAGGGAGGGGGGUUUCAUUUCCUGCAUUGUGAAGCGCUGUAUGAUGGUUCUGAGUAGAAGAGAAGACAAAGGGAAGGAACACACCACCAGUAAGAGAGUUGGACAGGACAGACAGCUUACAGCACAGCAUACACAGUGACAACAAACAAGCAGGUAAUACUACAUGUACCGGGCUUUGAGGAACAAGCCGCAUCUCAUAUGUCAAAUGAACGCUGGGCACAGAAUGUACUCAAACACCACAAGUGACCUCUUUGUUUUAAGGUGAAUUUGUAGAGAAGUUCACCUGCAGUGCCGUGCAAAACUCCUUCAAUGUUUUCCACGUUAUGUCAAAGCCACAAACCUCAAUGUUUUUUUAGAGGGAUUUUAUAUGAAAAACCAAAAGAAAAUAGUGCACAUUUGGGAAAUGAAAGGAAAAGGAGAGUUUUGAAAUGUUUUUGCGAAAAAAUAAUGUAAAUUAUGGCGUAAAUUCAGAUUCAAUGAGGGAAUGGUGUUUUCAGGGUGAUGUGCAGUUUGUUUUCCGCUACAUAUGGCAUUUGGAUGUAGAUCAAGAGGUUAUGUUUUCUGAUCUGAUCAAAGUCCCUGUUUUAACAUGUUUGCUGUGUCCCAUGCUUGGCAUGUGGCAAACUUCUGAUAGGACUUCUUAACGACUUCUUCCUGCCAAUCUGCCAUAAAGGUUAGAACUAAUAGUUCUUCACAUAACAGAUUAUGCACCUGAGCUGUGGAUUUCUGUAACUCCUCCAGAGUGACCAUGAGUCUGCUUAUCUGAUUAAUGCUGUCCUUGCCCGGCAUGUCGGCCAUGUCUUCAUGUUUCCAUUUUGAGUUGAUGGACUGAGCAGUACUCCAGGAGACGUUUAAAGCCUUAGAUGUUGUUUUAUGACCUAACUCUGCUUUAAACCUUUCCACGGCCACAUCCCUAACAUAUCUGCUGUGUUUCUUGGUCUUCAUGAUGCAAAUCUGAUGCCGAACUGAACUGGAUUUAUUCUGAGAUUAAAUUAUACACACAGAUUAAAUUAUACACACAGAUUAAAUUAUACACACAGUUACUUCUGCAGCUAAUACUUUGCACUGGAUUUUAUUUAGGUGUACCAUAGUAAAGAGGGGGUGAAUACACAUAGGAGAUGCAAUUUUCAGAUUUUCUUGAAUAAAACAAAAUUUACAAUAACGUACAAUUUUCCUUUUACUUCACAAUUAUGCACUAUGCUGUACUGGCCCAUCACAUAAAAUCCCAAUAGAAUUAACAAUGAUAAACAACUUUGUGGGUGUAAUGUGAAAAGGUUCAAGGAGUAUGAAUACAUUUGCAAGGCAUUGUUUUUCUUUGUUUUUUAUCCUGCUUCAUCUCUAACAACAUUGCAUUGUCUUAGUCCAUACCCUCUGUCUGUACUUCCUUCCGUGCAGCACAGCCUUCCCAACUUCUCAGCUCCAAACUGAAACUGUGCUGUACUUCAACACUACUGUGAAAUACACAAGCUGCCCUGUUUUAGUUCCCAAACCACGGCUUAAAAAGAUGAUUUUGGCCUAACAGGCCAAUAAUGUUUAGCUUUAUCGGCUAUCAAAGGUUCCAUUUCCCUGUAAGAAACUGUCGGCUUUACAUCAGCUGCUCAUGCUUUUAUUCCUUCAUCAAGCUGUCUCAUCUCUAGCCCUGAAAUGUAAACAUAAAAAUAUAUAAUAGGUUUUAUUGCUGUGGUUCUUGUCAACAUGUUGCAUCUCUAAAUGUUUUGUAUUAUCCAGUGAAAGACAAGAGUGUCUGAUUUUAGGACAAUGAUGUAACCUACAAAACCAAAAAGCCUUGUGUUCUCAUGGUUGUUGUUGUAAAAUCCAGCCCUUUAAUAGAACUCGGUCGUUCUGUAAGCGUUGCAAAUGAGGCUCUGCGUUUUUUGUUUUUUUUUGUCUUAUCACAUGCAGACAGGUUUGUGGGGUUGUAGCACUCAACCAGUUUUUAUUAAGGAAGGAUGGUUGAAUAAUUUAGACCCCGCUUCGCCGCUUUAAACUCAUGGAUUGUCAGGUCUGCUCUCCGGAAAGAAAAAAGAGGAAUUUCCUGCUUCCAGAACUCCGACUCGCGUCCAGGCAGGCUCGGACUUCAGUUCCCCUCCAAAGUACAAGGAGAAAGGUGUUUGAAAGCCCUCUGUGUCUGUCUUCUCCUUUUCAGAGUGAGAGCUCGGAGAUCUGGUUUGGGAAUCCCUUCAGGCAGAGAACAGAAGCUUCCUCCAAAUAUCACAAUACUGGGACCAAGUCUGUAGACAACAUUUUAACAAAAAUUGUUGUUGUAGAUGUUCUUUGUUUUUAUUUUUAUUUUUUUUUACUGGUGCUGACAUAUAUAUGUGAUUAUGAGGAAAAAAAAAUAUAUAAAAGAUAAUGGCUAUUUGUACAUAUGUUUUUACAGGUUUAAAUACAUCAGAUAUAACAGUCUCUACUCUGUAAAGAAUUUACUGUUUGUUGGGAAAUAGAGAAGUAUUUUUAUUUUUGUUUUUCCGGUUUCACUUUUAACCCAUCUGAGCUAUGCCAUUGCACUUCAGACAAUGUCUUACUACUAAUUUGUAUUGUAAACCCCCUCUCUUUUUUUGGGAUUUUAUUUUAGUUUGAAAUUUUGUUCUUAGGCAGUGCUUCUUUUUAUUCUGUACAGAAUAAUGAAAUGUUAACAAAAGAGAAUUAAGAUUUUUUUUUUUUUUUUUCAAAAAGAUAAAAUAAAGAGAGAAUGUUCUCGCUGGUCAUAUUAAAUUAA